AUGAAGGCUGUUCUCAAGGCCUUGCUGCUGUUCUUUUUGCCUGGGCAAUAUGCUGCUCAGGUCCUGGAGCCGAGGCUUGUGCGCACUAUUCCUUCUGUGCCUGAAGCCACAGUGCAAUACGACAGCGGUUACAAGGCAAGGCCGGGCGAGGUGUCCUACAUUGUGGCUUUGGAUUUUGUUGGCAUCCAUUCUGUAUGGUUCUGUGCAGGAUCAAUCAUAGCAAAUCGGUGGAUUGUAACAGUUGCAUCUUGCACCAAUGCGGCAAGAUUAGUGAAAAUAAGCUACAGUGCAGCUAACCGUGAGGAGCCACACUUCCAGAUGCGCGUUUCAAGCAACUGUUUUUAUGCACAUCCUGACUUUGAUAAGUCUUACAGGAAUGAUAUAGCUCUGAUUAAAACGCCGUAUGUUGAGUACACGAACGGGGUACUAGCUGUUCCUCUGCCCCACUCUUCUUCAAUGUUCAAAAACGCUUGGGCAUUUUCUGCUGGCUGGGGACAGCACAGAGGCAGCAACGAGACCAAAAACUUCCUGCAUGUGCUGCAGAUAGAGGUGUUAAGGAAUAAGGAUUGCAUUGAGCUUGGCUACGGAAACAGGUUUCGCUCGAAGAUGCUGUGCGGCCGGCUGCCCAACAGGGAGACGAGCUGUCACCUAGACUCGGGCAGUCCCAUGGAACUACAGGUAAAUGCCACUCUAAUUGCCAUCGCCUCAUUUGGCAAUCAAUACGGCUGCAAGUCGAAUACGCCGCUUGGAUAUACGAGAAUCACGUCAUAUAUGCAUUGGAUGAAUUCCGUAAUGAAUGGUAGCUGA